AUGGGACUAUUAAACUACAGUAAUAAGAUUUGCUUAGCUCCCAUGGUACGAAUUGGUGAGCUUCCAACGAGAUUAUUAGCUCUUCGUUAUGGGGCAAACUUGGUUUGGGGACCAGAAAUUGUAGACAAAGCUUUGGUAGGUGGGACCUUGGUGCAAAGAAUAGUAAAUGAUCGGGUGAAUUGUAUCGAUUUUGUUAAGCCUCCUACAAACAAAGUUCUCUUUCGUGUACAUCCUUUAGAGGCUAAUCGAUUGGUUUUUCAACUAGGUUCUGCUUCCCCGGAUUUAGCUGUACAAGCUGCAAAACUUGUAGCCGACGAUGUUGCUGGCAUCGACUUGAACUGUGGUUGUCCGAAGCACUUCUCCGUUCAUGCUGGUAUGGGUGCGGGUCUAUUAAAAGAACCAGAUCGCCUCAUAUCAAUUUUACGGGCUUUAGUGAAGGAGGUGGGAGUUCCACACAAUGUUUCAAUUAGCUGUAAAAUCCGUCUUUUGGAGACUAAAGAGAAAACCUUAGCACUAGUUGAGCGUCUCUGUUCAACUGGAAUCCGUGCAAUCACGAUUCAUUGCCGUACAACUCCCAUGCGGAAUACAGAGCCAGCAAAUCGGGGCUAUUUGCAUGAUAUCGUCGAUCUUUGCAAAAAACAUAAUGUUGCCAUUCUUGUAAAUGGAGACGUCUCUGGUUAUGAAGAUGGAAAAAAGCUUAUAGAGCAAUACAAGUUGGAUGGUGUAUUGAUUGCUAGAGCUGCGGAAAAGAAUGUUUCUUGUUUCCGUUCAGAAGGUCCUUUGUCCAACCGUAAUUUGGCUUUGGACUAUCUUAAAAUGGCAUUGGAGGUUGAAAACAAUUUUGGUAACACAAAGUAUUGUUUAACUCAAAUUAUGCAAGGAGCGUUCAGAAAAGACGUCAGACAAGCUGCGCAAUGCGCAAAGAGCUAUGAUGAAUUAAAAAAUGCUUUCGCCUUGGAACAAAAGCAUUCUGAUGCGUCCGGAAUAGUAUCUGCUCCCGGGCAUGAAAAGUCAAUUAUGUUCGCUUUCGAAAACAGCUCUAAGCUUUUGAAAGCACUAUCAAACGAGAUUACCGCGAAACAGCUAGCCGCUUCUUCAUUUACAAAGUUGAUUGUUUACAAACCAGACAGCGAAAAAAUCGAGGAUUAUCCUGACUACAAUGAGAAAUUUAAAAGUCAUGGAAUUGACUUGAUGAUUGCUUCAACCGAUGAUUUAGCCUCUAAAAUUGGCCAGUCCAAUCUGAUCGUCUGCUCCAAAGAAGAACAUUCGAUAUCUUUUGAAGCAUUAAGUACCCAUAAACAGAUCCUACAAUUUUCUUCAACUGAACUCGAAUCCUUAUAUAAUACACAAGAAGAAUCUAAUAGAGCCAACGAUUUUCCGAACGCCCAGGCUGAUUUUUUCUACGAUAUCCUUUUCAAAAAAAUAAAAGGCUUUAAUACCAAAAAGGAGGUCACUGCUUAA